AUGGUUGAGGAUACCCGCACUUUAAGGAAGUUGGCUGCUCCCAACUUGACACAGCAGCCUUUAUGCAUUAACUUUCCAACACUCAAUAACACUAUUGCUUUUGAACUGAAAUAUGGCUUAAUUUAUUUAUUGCCUUCUUUUCAUGGACUUGCAAGUGAAGAACCUCACAAACACUUGCAAGAGGUCGACGUGGUGUGCUCCAGCAUGAAACCACCAGGUGUUACUGACGAACAAAUCAAACUCAGAGCCUUCCUAUUCUCGCUCAAAGAUGCUUCAAAGGAUUGGCUCUACUAUCUCCCACCUGGAAGCAUUGACACGUGGAAUGACAUGAAAAAGAAAUUUUUGGAGAAGAACAUCAUCGAUGUUGCAAGUGGUGGAUCUCUAGUAAAUAAGAUGCCAGCACAAGCUUGGGAUUUUAUUGCGAGAAUGGUUGAAAACACGCAGCAAUUUGGUUUGAAGGAUGUUGGACAGACGAGCGGAAACAGUAACGACCACUAUAUCCAAUCGAUGCAGCAACAACUUUAUGAGUUGACGAGCUUUGUUCACAAGAUGGUCGUAGAAAAAUCUAACUCGAGUGUCCAGGUCAAAGCGUGUGGAAUAUGCACAAGUGCAAGCCACCCUACGGAUGCAUGCCCGACCCUCCAAGAAGGCUAUGCAGUAGAUGUAAACGCUGCAAACUAUGGUGUUAAUGGACCUCCAGUGUACAACCCGUACUCCAACACCUACAUUCCUAGCUAG